AAUGAAGAAAGUUAUACGAGUGACUUUUCAGAAAUUGAUUACACAUCAACCACAGUAAUGAAUGCUUAUGAUCCUCAAUUUAACGUUUAUGAUAAUACUUACUAUCCGGUUAUUGAUUCUCAUUUUAAUAACAUUUAUGAAAAUAUUGAUCAAUAUUAUCAAACUGAAACUUUAAUUCCAACUCAUUUUAAUACUUUUACAAAUUCUUUAUCGUUACCUAUCGUUAAUUAA